AUGUCUGGAAAAGACCUUUAUAACUUCUGUGAAGGAAAGGAAUCAUUAUUGAUUUUAGGAAAGAAAAGAUCAUCUUUGUAUAUAGUCGGGAGGUAUAAUGAUAAUUCAUGGAAUAGAGGAAUAGUUAAUACAACAAAUAGUUUUAUAUUUCAUAUAGAUAUGUAUGAUGGUGUUAAAGUCACAACACCGAAAGAAAAUAACAAUAAUUGUAGAAUUAAUACCGACUAUGGAUCUACAUUUGGGUCAGGUGAUUUAUGUAUAGAUGGAUAUAACUGGACAUAUGAAAUCAAUUCAUACAAUCCAGAUUUUACACGUAGAACUCAUAAGAUAGAAUUUGUUGAAGUUUAUCAGAUUAAGAAAAUGAACAA